CCUCUCCAUCUAUGCAAAGGUCUUUAGUGGUUUUGCUAUUUUCUAUUUUUGUUAGAUUUUUUUUCUUCCUUUUACCCACGUUUUUAAUUUGGUGCGUUGAAUCUGCUUGAAUAAUUGCGGUACGAAAGCGGUGGAGUUCCAAAUUCCAAUCCUUUUUUUUGCUUGGAUUGUGUGUGAAUCUGCUGUGAACGCGAGCCUGUGAGAAAUAGUGGAGAUCGAGACUUACGGAUUAGUUUUUGUCUGAUUUGUUAUUUUUUAAUUUUUGAAUCGCAAUCAUUCUGAGUUUGACUGUUUUGAGCUGCAAAACAAGUUCAAUAAAAUGGAAUCGCGGAGGUGGAGGAUGAAAAUUUUCGAGGAUUUCGAAGCGGAUCGUGAAUCGGAUUUCUCAGAUUACAUGAAACUGCAAUCAACUGUGUUACUCUAAGAAGUUGAAGACUUGAGUUCGUAUUCUGGCAACAGUUCAGAAUGAAGAUUUGUGGUUUCUUAUUUAUCGUUAUGCCUGGGGAUUGGGGAUAAGGCAACUGAAGAGACUGAAAUGGCUGUAGGCAGAUGCGAUAGCUCAUUCGUAGAUACAUAAUUUGGUCUUUGGACUGGAUACCAACACUUUUCCUUCAUACUUUAAUUCUAUGUUUUGAAGUGAAAGCUACCUUUCUGCAGCUGUACCAAUACUUUGAAGCCAAUUUGAUCAUAAUGGGGUCUUUCUUCCAAGAUGGUAAUGGUGGGAAGCCAGCUGAUAACUAUCUUCUCUCUCGACAGUCAUCGAUAUUUUCACUUACUUUUGAUGAGUUUCAGAGCACUUUGGGUGGACCUGGGAGGGAAUUUGGAUCUAUGAACAUGGAGGAACUAUUGAAAAGCAUUUGGACUGCUGAAGAAAGCCAGGCUGUGGCAUCAUCUUCUUCAGGUGUAGGAGAUACAACAAAUUUACAGAGACAAAGCUCGUUAACGAUUCCACGUACAUUUAGCCAGAAAACUGUCGAUGAAGUGUGGAGGGAUGUCCUCAAAGAAACCAUUGGUGCAAAAGAUCCAGAAAGUGGUAUAGAUGGUGCAAAUUUGUUGCCAAGGGAGCCUACUUUGGGUGAGGUAACACUUGAAGAGUUCUUGUUUCGAGCAGGGGUCCGAGAAGAUAUCCAGCCUCCCGGGAGAGCAAAUGCUACCGGAAUCUACAAUGGCUCGACUCCAGUGAACAGUAAUAACACUGGCCUAGCUGCCGGAUUUCAACAACCUUCUCUAUUGGGCAAUAAACUAUCGCAGCACAACACAAUGAUUCUUGGAAUGCAAAACAUAGGGACUAACCUCAAUGGUGUUGACUUAUCCGGCAUUCAAUCUGCACAGCAGCCACAGUCGCAAUUACAGCCUCUGUUUCCUAAGCAGACAACCAUAGCCUUCUCAGCUCCGACACAACUUGGAAAUAACGGCCAGCGUUGCAGCCCGGAAAGAAAGAGUCCGGUAAAAUUGAGCCCCAUGAAUAACAAUGCUCUAGGCAGAGCAGCAGUUUCGCGAGUAUCGCCUGGAAGUCAUCUACACUCAGAUGCCAUUGUCAGUAAAAGGGAUCCGGAGUCCAUUUCUCCUCCAUCUUCUUGUGUUUUUUCUGAAGGCGUAAGAGGGAGGAGAUCAUCCAAUUCACUGGAGAAAGUCGUGGAAAGAAGACGGAGGAGAAUGAUUAAAAACAGAGAGUCUGCUGCAAGAUCACGAGCUAGAAAGCAGGCAUACACCCUUGAAUUGGAAGCAGAAAUCGAAAAACUCAAAGCAGUGAACCAAGAGUUGCAGAAAAAACAGGAUGAAUUCGUUGAGAUGCAAAAAAAUCAGAGCUUGGAGACGAAAAACUUACCGUCGCGAGGCAAAAGAGUAUGCCUGCGGAGAACCCUGACAGGACCUUGGUAGGAUGGAUGUGUGCAGACCUUGUGAUGUAGUUGCUAGUGAGAAUAAUUAUGGACAUGAAAUCGGCGUUGCUGUUUAAUUAAUACGUAGAAAGAGACGAAAAAGAAGACCGUCAUGAUGUGUGAUCAUUGAUAUCUUAAGUUCCUACGACUGGUCUGUAUGUAUAUCUUUUGUUUGUUAUGUUGCUGCUGACUUUAGCAUCUAGUGCACUACCUUAGUAGAUAACUUGUUUUAGACAGUAAUUAUAUCUUUUGGA